GUAGUUGGCUCACAGACUGGAAUCCUGAACUUGGACGACUACAAGAGUACCGAAUCCUUGAACAUUCAGAUGAUGCUGAAAGUGGUGAAGAGUACUUCAUGAGCAAUCCUCUGGGAGGAUAUCAAAGGAGAUAUCGCCCUAGUCAAUCCGAAAGAGAUGAAGCAAGCCCUAUGGAGAUUGAUGAGACCGAGAUUGAUGAGCAGCUCAGACGAAGUGCAGAGCGAGCUGAUGAAAGAGCCCGCGGUGUGUGGGCUGACCCGCCUGGAGAGAUGCCGCCUGUGGAUGAAGACUGGUGGGACUAUGAGACCCUGAUCCGGUGGCUGAAACCGGAUGAGCAACCUCGAGCGCGAAGGUUGAAAGAAGCUGGGAUUUUCCCCAACAACCAGCUUAAGGAAUUCCUGAGGACUCGACUGACGUCGAUCUAUGGCGGACGCUACAGUCACAUGGUGUUCGACCACCUGUUGGGAUGGACGCAGGAGGAACAGCGAGACUUUGCUGCCUUCAGCGUGGCUGUGAUCACUGACAAGUGGGACAGCGACUUCGACGGGUUCACUCGCCGAUACAUCGAGACCGGCGAGAUCUGA